UCGCUUUUAGCGAGUGGUUGGAAAGCCCUGCACGCAAUGGCCAAAAAUACAGAUGACAUCGCCGACAUCCUCUCGGAACUCAAGCUCUCGGCUCAGCAGGAAAAAUCUUUGGAUGAGUCUGCUCUUCUCGGUCACCUGAAGAAGCUGCUCGCUGUGAUCAACGCUGAUGAAACUGCAGGGCAAGACCAGACGCAGGUGGCGGAACGACUUGCCAGGGGAGGCUUUGCGAGCACUGUCAAGGAGCUGCUCAAGCUGACCUCUACCACUAGGCCCGAGGUGCUCGUGCUGCUGGUGCAGGCCAUCGCUGAGGCUGCCAAGAACGAUGUGUUGAGGAAACUCUGCUCGGAUCCGGCUGUCAUUGAACCACUACUGGGGCUUGUUCCUUCGUCCAAUUACGGCGUAGUACUGCAGGCUUGUCGCGCCCUUGGAAACAUUUGCUACGACAACGAUGAAGGCAGGGAGAUUGUGCGUUCCAAGCAAGGCAUGGAGCAGCUGCUCCAGCUUCUUCAGAACCUCCUAGAAGUUGACUUGAGGCCGGAUAAUUUACAUACAGUUGUGUCUGGCUGCCUCCUGAACCUAACAGACAUGCAGGAAAUUCAGGAUCAGGCUCUACAGUUGGGCAUCACAGACAUCCUGCUGAAAUACCUGCAGAAAUUUUCUAAUGUCGACGAUGUGGCUAUGCACUGUGUUCUUGUCCUCAAUGGCAUUGCUGACUCAGACUGUGGACGUAAGCAUCUUUUGGAGACUCGCACCCUGUCAUUGCUGCUGGCCAACUUGGACAGAAAUUUUUCGGUGGAGGUGAUAGAAGUCCUUCUGGAACUGUUUGGAAACCUAGCUGAGAAUGAUUCCGUGAAAGAAAAUCUUGCACAGCUUGGAUUUUGCGAGAAACUUCUAAACGUGCUGAGACAAUUCCAGGGCAGCUCUUCGCCCUCGGAAGAAAAGCAGAAUGUUGUCAAGACUGUCUGUGACCUCAUUGUUCUGAUUCUGACUGGCGAUGCCAGCAUGCGGCACAUGUACCAAAAUGGCAGUGGGGCAGUUUACAAAACGACAGUGUCGUGGCUCCAGUCCGACGAUGACACUUUGAAGGUGGCCGGCGCUCUGGCCACCGGAAACUUUGCAAGAAAAGACGACCACUGCAUCCAGAUGGUGCGAGAUGGGGUUGCCAGGCGCCUGCUGGACCUGCUCAAUGAUCAGACGGGAAACGAUGGGGACAUCCGCCUUCAGCACGCCCUGCUGGCAGCACUGCGCAAUCUCGCCAUACCCUUGGCAAACAAGCCCCUCCUUGCAGAACUUGGGGCUGUGGACAAGCUACUGUCGAUGCUGGCAGUGGAAACAUUCCCCGUAGUUUUCAAGCUCCUUGGUACGCUCAGGAUGUUGGUGGACAAGCAAGAGGCAGUGGCCACCAAGUUGGGUCUCAAUGAACAGUUAGUGAAGCACCUGGUUACGUGGUGCAGCACCGAAGACCACCCGGGCGUGAAAGGGGAGUCUGUGCGCCUGCUGGCCUGGCUGGUGAAGAACAGCGCAUCGAGCGAGGUGAAGGCGUCGCUUUGUCGCGGGGGAGCCCUGCCCCACCUGGUGGCCAUGCUGGGCUCGGAGCACGGUGUCAUGCAGAACGAGGGACUCCUGGCCGUGGCCCUGGUGGCUGCCUCGCCCCCGGACAUUGCUGUUGAAGAGCUCAAGAAGACUGAGGUGGUUCCACUCCUGCACACCCUGCUAGUGUCGCCAGACAUUGCUUCCGAGCCACUGCUGAACAGCAUUGCCCUGACCACCGCCCUUUCAAACCUGGGACCACUCAAGCCCAUGCUGGCAGCUGGUGGCUUCAAAGAGGCACUGACUCAACUCAAGGGCCACCACAACCAGACUGUGUCCAGGGCAGCUGCUCAGGCACUUGAAGUUCUGGAAAAGCCAUAGCACCACAGCCGUUGAAUUUACGAGCUAAAGAUUACUCCCUAUGUUUCCCCGAAAGCCAGUUGUUUUGCGCAGCUUGAUUGGCUGGUUUCUGUGUGGCGAGUUCUCCCGUCCUCUGGUCAACUGUACCUCUUGUCUUGGGCCAGCGUUUACUGUCAAACAUUGUUAAGUGUUAUAGCACAGUUACUGCCACUGUGAAACGAGGCUUGUUUAGUGGUUCAUUGCCUCCAUGAUAGUGGGGGAUAUUGACUGUGAGGCUGGCCUUUUUGUUUGUGAAUUAAGUGUACAUUUAUGAGAGCUUAGUAUACAUUUUUUAAGUGAAUGCUAUAAUUUUUUUUAGUAAAGUGAACCCUCUGUUCUUUUUCUUGCAUGUAAUGAAUGGUGUUCACGAGACUUAGUUUUUUUUCUGGUCGCCGUGCUCUCGGCCUGCAAUAGAUGCACAAACUUUGCUUGCUCCAGAAAGAGGAAGAGAAACAGAGAAACUAGAUUGCACAGAAGUCUAGCGUUAUGAAUGUGCGAGUUUACCGAGUAAUGGAGUAUGAGGCAUGUAACCUUUGUUACGCAAUUUUUAUAUUUUUUGUGCGCAUGUAUUUAAAUGGAUGACUGCGUGCAUGCUUUAGGUUUUCUCGAAAGAGUUUUUCUGUAACUCCUCUUUUGGGUGAACAUCUCGUGACAUGGGGGCCGCCAACAGUUCACAACUGUGGAAACGAAAUACAAACUUUCAUGUUUCCGUUUCUAAGCUCGUUAAGCACCGUAGAAAAAAAUGACACCAGGGCACAGUUGUUCUUGGUCCUGGAAGGCUUCAAACUGACGUGACUGUCAUGUUAACUGCUGCAAAAUAUAUAAAACAUUCAUUUCCAGACACGAGUGUGUUUCCCUAUGUCAACUUUUGAUAUGUUUCAGCUUUCCAUUUACUGUUACGAAUGCUCAGCUUUCUACUAUGCUGCAACCUCCCAAGUUGUUUUUACGCAUGCUUUGCAUUUAGCAGAGCCCAUUCAACUGCCAGUGCCGCGCAGCAAAACACGUCUCUCACUAUUGUUUGGCUAUUGACCAUUCUAAGAGAGCAGAUUUGCAAAUUGCCGCACAUAUUGGCUCGUCACGUGUUUUCUCGUAUGCAUUUGCGACGCAUUUUUCUGAUUGUAUUUGCCCAUCUCAUACACCGUUCAGGCAGAACCAGUUUUGUGCUUGCUGAGCUUUCCCAUACAAGUUGUUUUGUGCAUUGGAGUGGUCCAGUGCUAGUGCCGUAAACCAGCGGGAUAUUGUUACAAUCCUCACUCGACACUGUUGCACUAUCUCACUUUUCCGGUAGCGUCGAAGCUUGCGACUUGCAAUUCUCAAUGACCGGAUGCUCGACAUCCCAGUGCUUUGUGCAGCCCUGUGUCUGAUGGUGACGUGGCUUCCUCAGAGUUGGCAUACAAUCUGUAUAUGCACACUCGUGACCUUCAACAGGCACACCAAAAUAAUAUAUUUUAUUGUCCCGCAUGAAUUCAAAAUGACGCUUAUGUGCGACCAUAAAAAUGUUGAGUUUGGGAAAAGCGUAUUGUUGGGAGGGGAAAGAAAUGCUUGUAAAAGUUAAACUUAAGCCAGAGUUCAAGUGAGCUGGUUAAGGGGAGGACACUUUUGAACCUUUGGCUUAAUGUGAAUGUAUAACUCGCAACUGCCAGUAGUAUAUACUGGCAGUUGCGAGGCAGAAUGCAGUGCAAAGUUUCAUCUGUGUACCAUGGAUUGUGAAAGAAAUUAGAGUCGCUUUUAUGGGGAACACACUGACAUUGUUUAGGAAACUAAUGUCUUCACUAGGUAUGCAACACAAUGCCUGGAGACUGCAACUGUGAAAAUAAAAUUUCCAAAGAGCAAUUUAUUUUAUGCUAAUAUCUCGCUGAAAAAAUCUAAUAAAUAUUUUGCCUUUUAUGUCGUCGAGAAAAUCUUAACAUCUUUUAUAAAAGACAUUCACAAAGUAAAACAAAAAUGCCAUUUUCCAGUUAGGAAUUUAAUGUUAGUUAUGUUUUUUCCCAUUAUCAAAUGAUAGUUUUCCUAAAGUAAAAUUUAUGCCAAAAAGUGGAACGGAGAAAAACGCAUUUAAAGUGCUCGAACCCUCUACCUUUUCUUUAGCAUCAGUAAACUGAAAAUAAUCUUUUUUUCCAUGGUUGUGUUUUUUUUUUUUUAACAUUAAAAUUUUAACCUUUGACGGGAAACGGGAGACAACCACAUAUUUUCAAAAUAUUUGUGCUUGGGUUUGUGCCCUUUGUGUACUACACUCUCCGGGCUCAGAAUACAUAUGUGGAAAGAUUAAUUUAAAGCUUCCCUAUCGCCGAAAAAACAGCGAGGGAAUCUUUAAUGCUGCGUGCCCCUGUGUUUGACUUUUGGCUACAAGUAUGUGUCCAUAAGCAGACAAUGUGCUCACUUUUAAAUUCUGAGAGUCGGUGCAGCUACUGAUUGCUUGUGUGGUCGAGGAUAUAUCUUCAAUAAUUGCAACUAGAUUGCCCACGUGAGGGACAAUGCCCCUAACUGCUGUGUAAAGGGUUGUCCGAUGCCCUGGUUACAUCCGAUUUUGUCGAGUUGCACAAAUUUGCAAAGGACAAACUUGUCCAGUUGGAUGUUUUUCCGGUUUGCGUUGUCGAUGCUCCACAUAUCCAAUGCAGGCAAACAGAAUGAGGGUUUCUUGCCUCCAGUCAGUGUUGCUCAUAUUUUGGAAAUACAAUUUUAUGGAAGUCUAGAUUGUGGGAAGUGGGCCUUUUAAGUUGGCAUCUGAUAUCUUUGCUCUAGGAGAGCAGUUUGGUCGAUCCAGUACAACUGCUAAUCUGGGCCCUUUAAUGUGUGUCUCACAUGGCUGAUGGUAUAGUUGUGUCUCGUUUAUUUGGAUACCGCGCUAUAUACUAUAGGCCAAAUUUUCGGAGACAAACUGGCUAAAUAUGUGCAUUUUUGUCUCAGUAUUAUUGACAAUUAUUUGUGGGGGAGCGAAAGGGUCCAAAUUAAUGAGACGUGACUGUAUUAUAAAAUAGGUUAUAAAAAGGCAACUCAAAAAUUCUCUUAAUAUUUUUUUAAAUUUGCAUUGGAGGCAACAAAAAUACCUUUUUGGGUGUUGGUGCCUCUUUAAUCUGCUUCCUAAUCGCAGUCAGCCUAGUUCAUUUUUUUCAUUAUUACGAAGAGCUUGUACAUUUAUUUUAGUCGUACGAUGUAUCGUCAUGCUCAUGUUCAAAACAGUGAAACAUUGUUGAACACACUAUUAGUGUGCUGUGUGAAGUUGAUAAUGUGCUAACAUUGCCUUCUUGUUUUUUGUUGCACAAAAAUGUGACUCUGUAUAGGGUGUUUUCACAUGACGUCAAUCCGCCAUUUUGUUCUAAGUUUGUUUUCUUCAAACAAAUUUACUAAUGUGCAGGAUUACAUUGCAACCUGUUGAGGAGAUGUCAGCGUGAUAAGACUUAUAAGCUCCUAUGCUCUAUGCAUCUAAGGGGUACUGCAAAUCUUUGGAAUGCUUGCCUUCAGCACACGUCAAACAGCUCGCAACAACAAAAUGGGGGACAAAAUUAUGUCAGUGAAAACAACCUAUUCAAGGAGUAGUCCGCUUUUUUUUUUUCUUAACUUGAAUUACCAAUUAAGUUCAGUCAUUUUUUUCUGUUUAUGACAGUUUCUUCGAACUUUGUCAAUGACAGCACACUGUUGCUUUUUUUUAGGCAAGUUCUGUAAAAAAUACAUCUACUACGGUAGUGUGUAUGUUUUGCAAAUAUGAAAACUUUGGGACUACUUGAUCUUUUUAUUUUAUCUUGCAGCUGCAAUAAAAGGGUCACCUAUUUCUUAAGGUGAAGCUUCGAAGUCUUGGUAAGCUGUUCAGUCUUUUCAUUAAUAUUUUUUUCAAGCUGUCUCAACCUAAUGACUCAGAAAUGUUUGUUUGGCUUGUCUGAUGUUUUCUGCUGGGGACCAAGUCAUUUGUAGUGCUUGUGAUUUUCUGUGGGGAAGAAACUGAGUCACAAUGAUCUCUAUAUGUCUGUGCAUUGUUUUGUCCGAGGAAUUGUCCCCAACAUGUUUGCACAUGAGUUUUCUCUUACUUGCAGCUUCAGCAAAAACUUUUCUGUGACUGAGAUAGUAAUUUCCCGUGGUCAUCCUUUAGGGGUCGCAGUUAUUGGAUAUUAUAGAGGUGUUAAUAGUUCACAUGCUGAUCAGAUGCAGUAGAUUUUAUAUGUAUUCCAUAUAUUGUUUGUUGGCGACAAAAUUUUCGAAAUGUGACUCGAGUAACUUUUAUUAGUAAGCAUGCAUUUCAACGUGCCCAUUAAUCAUCGAUGACUCGCUGCUGCACAGGAAGUUCCGUAAUUUUUUUUUGUUUCAUUUUGCAGCUUUUUAAUCCUGACCACCGCACAGCAGUCUCUGUAUUAACAGGAAAAAAAACUGUCAGAGAAUUUUAAUCGCAUAUGAUACAUGUCUCCCAUUUUUUCUUCUCGGCAUCUAUUUGGAUGUUUUGUCUGAAAUUUUUCAGCAAACGUGUAAUGCUAUAGAUAUGCCUAGAUCUGAUAACCUAUGGAGGUACAAAAAUAUUCAUUCCUAGAUUAAUCAAGCUCACAACAGGUCAAGCCCAGCACAACAUUAUUUUCACUGUUGAUAGUCCUAGAAGCUCCUUCCCACCAAACUACCGUAACUGGUGUAAUUAACACCCUGACUCAGCCUCUAUCUCUGCACUGACCGCCAACUUGGCUGUCUUAUCAGUAGUGAAGUGGAGAAAAUAUUUUGGGGGCUGUGUUUAUAGUUCGCACACUUGUGAGAUGAUAUAUUAAUAUGCUGGCUCGGGCGUUUCCUUUUAGUGUGGAAAUCUGUUUCCGAUUGUACAACCAUUACCUUGGAGAUAAAAUAGGCUGUCACUUUG